AUGUACUGCAACUUCUCACGCCACAACAUAGGACUACGACGCCAUAAGUCUCUGGCGCCGAGGCUGUUCUCUCAAAGCUUUGAAGAAAGUUACAUGGCCAGGGUCGAGCUGAAGCUGCACGAAUUCACCGGCUGGUGGAUCACUGGCAAGUACAGCCCCGAUAAGAUAAGGAACUGGGAAUGUGCUGACACACCACGUCACGAAAAACUACUUGAAAAUUACGAAAUUCUCAACUUAACAUCUCAACAACGGAAAAGCAGAAAGCUAAAACCAAAUAUCUGCGGAAUAAUUGUAUUAUUCUCUUCUAUUUAUUUACAGUAUACAGUUUUCGUUAUUUUUAGUGGGUUUUGGCCUCACUGGCCGGACGACUGGUGGAACACAUUACUCAGACUUGGGCUUCAGCUGAAGGGGUCAGCUCAGUCCAACCAAGUUCGGAUGUCGCUAGCAUUCGUUAGUCAACCACUUGCGUCACCUCCUAAACACUACGUGAACGGCAACCCUCCUAUCCCCAUCAUGAACGUACGAUGUCUAUGCAUCCACAUGGAAAAGACAACCGCAGAAGACGUUGGGACAGCUAGCAUAGUCACCAUGGGGAACAAUGACCCUUCAUUACACAUUAAUAACGUGACACUCCAUGCUGUUCUGGAACGAAUAGCCAUUCUUAUUUUAUCUGCCAUACUAUUUUAUCAUAUCCCAUCUCGAGCCAACGCCAAUAGGAAUACGAAAACUUCCACAGAUUUCUGUAGCCACAGCUUCAUCGCCAUGGGUAUGGCUAUAAAGAAAAUGGGAGAGUUGGCAACGAGGCCCCGAACACCUUCCUUCCUCCUCAUCUCUACAUCCUCUAUUAAUUAUUCUUUUCAGGGCAUCUUAGACAUGCCAGAGAUAAAGAACGGUAAGUCGGUCAUCAUCGACGACACACAUGGUAUCGGCCUCGCAACCGCACAGCUCCUUCUUUCCGAACGUGCGGGGGUGAUAGUCACUGGCCCACUUACGCAUAAAUGCGAUAUAACAUCCACAUUAGCUAUCUCCACCUUAGCAGAGACAGUUUCCAGCCACUUCGGCCAAGGCCCACAGCUCACUCCCCUCAUAACACCCGGCAGGGCUAUUAUCUUCACAACAUCCUUUGCAAACCGUCGCGGCAUCCCAGGAAUGUUCGUCUAUGCUGUAAGCCAAACUGCAAUCCACUCGCUGCGAAAUUGA